AGAAGGGGCGGGGGUUGGCUCGGGAGCGCAGGACUGUGGGGGCAGGGAGGCGGCGAUCCCAGCUGGGCUGGGACUUCCUUCCUUAACCUCAGGACAACAAAACAAUUGAACCAAAGGCACCCAGCUUAGCAGCAGCUGUCUGGGCGAGAGAGCAGAGAGGCGAUGGGUUCCGCGCUGAGUAGUGACAGCGGCCGAACAGCCCCGGCUACCAGGGCCACCCCAUCAGCCCUGCCCAGGAGGAGCGAAGUGGAGCUGCCGAUCACCUCCUUUGAUUGUUCGGUCUGCCUCGAAGUGCUGCAUCAGCCCAUACGGACCCGCUGCGGCCACGUAUUCUGCCGUUCCUGUAUUUCUACAAGCCUAAGGAACAGUAAGUGGACAUGUCCUUAUUGUCGGGCAUAUCUUCCUUCUGAAGGAGUCCCUGCAACUGAUAUAAUGAAGAAAAUGAAAGCAGUCUACCAGAACUGCACAGAGUGUAACACUCAGGUAUGUCUCAGUGAAAUGAGAGCCCAUAUAAGGACUUGUCAGAAAUAUAUAGAGAAAUAUGGACCUCUUCAAGAGCUUGGAGAAGUAACAAGAUGCAUGUGUCCAUUUUGUGAGAAAGAGUUGGAUGAAGAUAGCUUGCUGAACCACUGUCUCACUUAUCACAGAUCAGAAAGGAGGCCAGUGUUCUGUCCGCUUUGUCAUUUUAUACCUAAUGGAGAUUCAAGCAACUCCAGUGAUAGUUUGAUCCGGCACCUGCAAAACAGACACACAAUGUUUUAUGAUGAAUUUCUUGACUUUAAUAUAUUAGAGGAAGCUCUGAUCCGAAGAGUCCUAGACCGGUCACUCUUAGAAUAUAUGAGUCAUUCAAACAGCAUCUAAUUCUGCCAGUAGGAGGAAAGAUUUUCUAUGGAUUCCUUUGCACAGUACAUUAAGAUGCUGCUCUGACAAUUAAAGGGGAAUCUUUAGCCUUUAAAAAAGAAAAGCACAGAUGUAACAAACCUUUAAUGUUUGUAUGUGUCUGUUAUUGUGUUUAUCUGAAAAUUUAAAAACCGCUAUCCCUUUGGUGAUUUAUAUCCAUAUUCUCCUGUUGAGAUUUUCUGAUACUUAGUAGUAACAAUUAUCUACAUGAACCAGAAGGUUUAGGGUGGGUAGCAGUAGAAGGCAUGCUUGAGGGAGGAGUUCUUGUUGGGAAAUCAGACAGAUUUUGAGGGGGACAUGCCAUGGAUUAAUAACAAUCUACAAGACUGCCAGUGAUAAACAUGAGAUUGCUUUAUAUAAAAAGAGAAUAUGAAGCAACAACUUGUUGAUAUUUAAGAAGAACCUGGAAGUAGUUUCCAUUCGUAAUAUUCUAGCUUCUAAAAUACUAUUAUGAAUACAUAAUUUGAUGGAAUGAGGAAAGGAAAAAUUGUGGUAAUUGCUAAUGUCCCUUUAAGUUGUAUGCUGUUACUUAGUACUGUAACAAAUAUUGUAAUAGGAAUAUAUUCUUAAUGCUUUCAUUUUAAAAAUGUAUCUACCACAAGCAGAAUAUUUUUCAAAUAUUGGCAGUUAAUUUUAAUUAUUAUUAAGAGAUUUCUAUAAUGUAAAUAAGUUUCAAAGUAUUAUGGCUUGACAUUUUACAUGUAAAAAUAACCUGUUUGACCAUAGAAUUUUUUGAUGCAAAGCCCUUAAGGGUUGAUUUUUCAACUAAAAUGGUAUAUUGAACUAUGCAGACAAUCUAUACAACUCCUGAGGGUAAAAUUUUAUUCUGUUAAGUUUCAGUUCAGUAAUUCUAAUCAGGAAUGGACCUUUCUGUUUAUUCCUUCUAUACAAGGGCUAUUUAUAGUAUGGAAACUUAAAGAAAGAAGAAAGGACUAUAAUUUCUUUAGAGUUCUCCCAGCACUUUUAGACCUAAUACAUAUUUGAAAAUAUUGGAAGAGUGUGUAGGAACUGAAAAGUACAAAGAAAUGAAAUCCGAGAAAUCCAAAAUCUUCAUUUUCAAAAUUAAUUUUUCUUUACUAAAGAGACUAGUUGAGUUUUACAACCUCUGUCAUUCCUUUUAGGUAGAAGUCUUAUUAUGAUAGAUUGGAGAAGAAAAAGAAAGGAUUCUGAGUCAUUCAAAACUGGAUAAUUAGUUUCCAUCUAAUUGGCUUAGGACAGAACUUGGAGAUGAUCUGGUUAAACCCCCAUUUUUAUACAACUGGAAAUAGACACAGAAAAAUGACAUGACCUGCCCAAGGUUAUGUAGCUCCUUAUCUUUCUAUUAUACAACUCUAAUUAAGAAAGAAGAAAACAGUUUUAGCUAGUAUAGACUAGUCUGUUCUCUAAGUUUUAAGUUUUCACAUCUGUAAAAUGGGGGUAAACAAUACCUUCCCUGCCUACCUCAUAAACCAUUGGGAGGAUCAAAUGAGAGGAUGCAUGCGAAGGUGCUAUAAACUAUAAAGCACUAUACCAAUGCAAACUGUCAUUAAUUCAGACUAGUGGUGAGGCAUCUUCAGAUUUAACAAAAUAUGUAACAGCUCAAAUUUUUAAUUGUAUGAAAGUUAAAAAAAAGACAACCUUAUAAUAUAAGCAAUAUAUUUAAGCUUAAAUACAUUGUUUUAAAGCCUCCCACAUCUAAAUUCUGUCCCCCUUUUGUAAUGUUUUUCCACUAUGAUCACAGAUUAGGAAUUAUUUAUCAAUGAACUUUCUGUGUUCCAAACUUCUAGAAUUUUACACCAAAUUAAUUACAAAUAGGCAAUUUGUUAAGUCAGUAUUAAGGUGACUUAAAAGAUGAGAAGAACAAAAAAUGUCCACUUGAAUGGGGCAGCUAGGUGGCGCAGUGAGUAGAGCACCCGGCCCUGGAGUCAGGAGUACCAGAGUUCAAAUUCGGCCUCAGACAUUUGACACAUGUACUAGCUAUGUGACUUUGGGCAAGUCACUUAAUCCCAAUUGCCCUGCCAAAAAACAAACAAACAAAAAAUGUCCACUUGUUAACUUAGUACUCUUCUAGCUGCCCAAUGUGCAAUCCAGAAGAGAAAACUCUUCUUAUAUGUUUCUUUCAAGAAUCAAAUUGUCCCACCCCUAUGUAAAAGCUGGAUAAAUGCUGUCUGAGAUUAUGUCAGCCUGAUUGUGUUAACCCAGAUUCUGGGUUGGAGAUAUAGGUUGAGUAUGAAUGAGUGAUAGAGACUGGUCUAGAAUUUCAGCUUCCCAGGCCUUGCCCAGGUCUACAGAGUCACACUGCUCUGAUAUGAUUGAAGCUUACUAUCAUAGAUUCAUGAGGCAAGUAAGCCUAUUCUUAUUGAUGUUAUUGAAAGGUGAUAACAAUGUGGUUUGUGUCCAUAAAGAUGGAGGUGCUAAGAAGUCUUAAGAAACUCACUCUUGUUUCAUUCCUCAACAACAAAAUCUGUAAUUGUCAGAAUUUAAAAGUUAACAAUUAUUGAUUUUCUUUUGUAAAGAUGUCUUAUUAUGAGAAACAAAGGAUGGCAGGACCAUUGCUUUUGUUUAAAGUGUCUAUUCAUAAAUGCUGACCUUCAAUAAAUGGUCUUCCUAAACCUAA